AUGGAGCCAGGUGCCUGGGGGAACAGGACAACUGUCACUGUGUUCAUCCUUCUUGGCCUAACAGAGAACAUAAACCUGCAGCCCAUCUUUUUUGCGGUCUUCCUCUUUGCCUACGCAGUCACAGUCGGGGGCAACGUCAGCAUCCUGGCUGCCAUCUUUGUGGAGCCCAAACUCCACACCCCCAUGUACUACUUCCUGGGGAGCCUGUCUCUGCUGGACAUUGGAUGCAUCACUGUCACUGUCCCUCCAAUGCUGGCAUGUCUCCUGGCCCACCAGUGCGCAGUUCCCUAUGCGGCCUGCAUUGCACAGCUCUUCUUCUUCCACCUCCUGGCCGGGGUGGACUGCCACCUGCUCACAGCCAUGGCCUAUGACCGCUACCUGGCCAUCUGCCAGCCCCUCACCUACAGCGCCCGCAUGAGCCGUGCGGUGCAGGGGGGCCUGCUGUGCACCUGCGGCACCAUCUCCCUCGCCAACGCCCUGACGCACACAGUGGCUGUGUCCACGCUGGACUUCUGCGGCCCCAAUGUGGUCAACCACUUCUACUGCGACCUCCCACCCCUCUUCCAGCUCUCCUGCUCUAGCGUUCGCCUCAACGGGCAGCUGCUUUUCGUGGGGGCCACCUUCAUGGGGGCGAUCCCCAUGCUCCUGAUCUCGGUGUCCUAUGCGCACGUCGGGGCUGCCGUGCUGCGCAUCGGCUCGGCGGCGGGCAGGAGGAAGGCCUUGUCCACGUGCGGCUCCCACCUCACCGUCGUCUGUAUCUUUUACGGAACCGGCUUCUUCAGCUACAUGCGGCUGGGCUCGGUCUCGGCCUCGGACAAAGACAAGGGGAUCGGCAUCUUCAACACUGUCAUCAGCCCCAUGCUGAACCCCGUCAUCUACAGCCUCCGGAACCCUGACGUGCAGGGCGCCCUGAAGAGGGUGCUGACAGGAAAGAGGCCCCCCGAAUGA